CUUUAUACACAGUCUAUGCGCAGCACUGAGGGGACUGUGGUGAACCAAAGGAUCAUGCGUUUGGGCUCUUCUCACAGCACCAUCACAGAGGACAUGAGCGACGAGCUGGAGUCUCUGGGGUGGUACCACUGUGACCUGUCCCGCCACGCUGCUGAGGCCCUGCUGCUGAACAAUGGAGUGGAUGGGAGCUACCUCCUGAGGAACAGUAACGAGGGCCCACAGAGCUUUGCCCUUUCUGUCCGGGCCAAGGAUUCAGUGAAGCAUUUCCAUGUAACCCGCAGAGAAACCGGUUAUGUAUUUGGCUUCAAUGAGUUCCCCACACUUGAAGACUUUGUAAAGCACUUUGCAAACCAGCCUCUCUUGGGCAGUGACACUGGAACGCUGAUGGUUCUCAAGUGUCCUUACCCCUGGCGCGUGGAGGAACCAUCCAUCUAUGAGUCUGUCCGUGUUCACACAGCCAUACAGACAGGCCGCACCGAGAACGACCUGGUGCCCAACGCUCCAGCGCUUGGCACUAAAGAGGGCUACCUGAUCAAACAAGGAGCUAUAGUGAAAAGCUGGAAACAGAGGUGGUUCACAUUAAACAGAUAUGAGCUGAAAUAUUUCCGAGACAGAGAGUGUGAAGAGCCCAUCAGGACCUUGGACCUACGGGAGUGUUCUGCGGUUCAGUUUGACUAUUCCCAGGACAGAGUCAACUGCUUUUGUAUGGUGUUUCCCGAGAGGACGUUUUAUGUUUGUGCAAAGACCGGUGUGGAGGCUGAUGAGUGGAUCAAGAUACUCAAGUGGAAACUGUCACAAAUAAGAAAAGGCCGAUGACCCGUGCCCCAAGAAACUACUGGAGCUUCCAUAUCUGUUCACACUUCCAUUUUCAGUUAUUGGCAAGACCUCUAUGUUUGGUAUUAUUUAUUGACACAAAACAUGGGGAACUUUUGUACUGGAAUGAACUCUACACCCCCAC